ACUCAAAAUGAAAAAAAAAAAAGUUGUAAAGAUUGUUGUUUUACUUAUUUCAAAACCACGUGCAAAAUUCAUACUUUACGAGUACAGAAACGCAUUUUCAGAUAUACUUAACAUGGCUAGUUUAUUAGAAGUGUUAGUGACAACUGACUCAAACAAUACAUUAUGGACUAGCUGCAUUUGGGAUCCGCAUACUGGCACGAAUCUCAAAACAUACAAAGGCGGUGGAACAUCUGAAGCAAAAACGCUUUCAUUCAUUGGAAGUGACUACAUAGCAGCCGUAGAGAAAACUAAACCGAUUUUACACAUUUGGCCGUUGAACUCGCACCAGACAGUGCAAGGUAUUCGGUUCAUUCUGCCAGGAAAAGCGAGCGCUUUUGCGUUUAGUCCCGAUGGAGCGUUUUGUAUCGCUGGCAUUGAUGAAAAGAUUUAUUUGUGGCAGAUCGCUUCCGGCAGCUUGUUGUCAAUAAUAAGUAGACAUUACCAGAAAGUUGUACUCUUAAAGUUUACACCAGACGGCAGGUUUUUCGUAUCGGCAGCUGAAGAUGGAAUGGUUAUGGUGUGGUCGCUAGCUACGGUUGCCGCCGACCCUGAAGCUGAACUGGUAACUCAAACCACAGCAGGUCAACAUGAUCCAAUCUACAUAUUCUCAGAUCACUCAUUACCUGUUGCCGAUUUAUAUGUGAGCAAAACGGGUAUGCACGGUCGACUUUGCUCUGUUUCAGGGGACAGAUCAUGUAAAAUAUAUGAUUUAGCAUCAGGAGAGAUGCUGCUCAAUCUAGUCUUUGAUGUUCCUUUAUCAGCUGUUACUAUGGAUGUUCUGGAGUUGAGCAUGUUUAUUGGGACCACAGAAGGGAAAAUCUUCCAAAUAAGUCUAACAAACCCUCCUAGAACCAGGGAUUUGCUUAUUAAUACUGAGAAUACUCCAGUUUUCACUGGACAUAAAUCAGUUGUGAACUGUUUGUCAGUUUCUCUUGAUGGUGAGACAUUGAUGUCUGCGUCCAAUGAUGAGCGGGUAUUACUGUGGCAUAUCACAAGCAGGCAGCCAAUAAGGACUAUAAAACACAAAGGACCUGUAACAAAUGCUUAUUUUACUACAAACUACCCUGCCAUUUAUAAGCAAGAAUUCAAACCAAGCAUAGUUCUCCACUCAUUAGAACGGUCUUUGGAAACUUCAGAAGAUCACAUUGAGCUUGAAGUAAUAGUAAACAAAAAAAUCAACUUCUGGCCGGUUUCUACUGGAGAAGACGAUGAACAACAUGUUAGCAUAGUUGCAGAAAAUGAAUUUAAAGAUAAUGAAGAUAAAUUUAAAACAGAAAUAGAAAAUUUAAAGAAAAUCAAUUCAAACUUAUAUGCUUUUGCAAUUCAAAAGGCAGUUAAUAGCAUUGUAAACGGGAAUAAUAAUGUAGGCAAGAAAAACAAAAAGAAAAAAAAAUGAAUUUGUGAAUAGACUUGUGUUAAAUCUUUCA